UCCGGACAUGCGCAGCGGACUCACGAAGGAACAAAGCUUUCUGAUAAGAUGUUUUAAUCGUUUACCAAUAUAAAUAUUUUUUAAUUAUUUAUUCAAAUUCGAUAGACUCCAGCGUACCUAAUAACAAAAGUUAAACAUACAGUAACGUUACGUAUAAACGCGUGCAUGCUAAAUGUAAUCGGUUUAAUGAGCACUAAGUGAGCACCGCCGUUGAUAACAGCAGGGAACAGUUACAUAAAGAAAAACUAUUUAAUUACAGUAAAACAACUGUUAAUUUCACAGUCCAAAGGGACUGUACCAUGAUUAUCCCCGCCCGAAGGGGAUGGACUUGUUUGUGGGAUGGGCGGCCCGACCGGUCCCUCCGGCGGUUUCCUGUCAGUGAAUGGAGCGCACCCUGCUUGCAAGGUGGAACAACAGGUAGGCGCCAAGCAGGCAAGGCAAGCUGGUGUGCUGCAGGGGGUUUACGCGGAAACUCGGCAUGAACCCUUCUGGAUAUGAGCUCUAGCGAAGCGCGGCUUCUACCGUUGGCGUUUUGACUGUUAUUUUCAUUAUUAUUUGGCUACAAACGCCAGCAAAGGUUCGUUGCAGUGAAUGCAAAUAACAGCACGGGACAUCUGAGAAUGUGUAAGUUGUUUUAAAUCUUUCGCCUGAGAGACACACUUGACGACGCGGGACAGUACCAGACCCAGAUCCACUGCUGGAGGUCAUGGACGUUUUACGCAAGUCUUCAGUGUUUGCAGCAGAGGUCCUGGAAGUAUUUGACCGAUCUUUGACCGACAACGAGUUGGUGUCCCAGUCCAAAGCCUUGUGUCGGGACUACCUUGUCUCCAGGCUCAACCAGAACGGACUGGGAUGGUCCAAAAGUGAACUCAAUCUACAGCCUUCGAACUCUGCUCUUACCGAGGUCUCGUUUGUGCUUCUCUGUCUCGGUGAUGAGCUGGAGUGCAUACUGCCCAGUUUGUACAGGAACGUCGCCCGUCAGCUCAACAUUUCUGUUGCCAUGGAGAACAUGGUUUCGGAUGCUUUCAUCGGCGUGGCAACAGAGAUCUUCUCCACAGGUAUAACGUGGGGCAAGGUGGUCUCCAUGUACGCAGUAGCCGGAGCCUUGGCGGUGGACUGUGUCAGACAAGGCUAUGUGAGUACUGUUCACAUCAUCGUGGACAGUCUGGGGCAGUUUGUUCGCAAGUACCUGACUCAUUGGCUGAAGAGACGAGGAGGCUGGGUGGACAUGACAAAAUGCGUGGUGAAGAAGGACCUCAGUCCUGAACACCACUGGCUUUCCUCCGCUCUGGAGUCUCUGCGCUACUUCCUCACCAUGAUGUACGUAUACAUCAUGAAGGACCAUUGACCCACGCCGCCUAUGGAAUCUUUAUUGUUUUGAUGCCACAUGCCAAUAAAAGACAUCCGGCCCGGGUGAUUUGACUUGUUGCUGAUUGGACAUUGACAAAUGUGUCAUCAGCAUCUUUUGGCUUCUGUCACAUGACUCUGCUCGUGAUUACGCUUCAUCCAAAGGGUAGUCGCAGUGGGAGCGAACAACUCGUAAGGUGAUGGAACAAGUGCUUUUUCCACACAAAUACUGUUCAUGUAUGAAGUCACGUGGUGGAGCGCUGCAUUGAGAUGUGGCAAAGAGGUAUUUAACUGAGGCCUUUACACCUCAGCACGCUGCAAUAUUAAUAAUAUCUCCUGCUUCCAUCUAAUGGCUGUAAUCCAUCAAAAUUUCACCAAGAAAUGCUGGAUUGGUCUUUCAGGGUCCAGUGUUUUGGCCAAAGCACUUCUGCACAGAGGACUUGUGUGCAUAUUUCAUUGGUGUGUUUUCCUUAACUUUUAAUCUGUAAAUAGAUAAUAUUUAUGAUUUUAUUUUUUCAAUAAUUAAAGCCAUUGCAGUAUGAAAAACUGUCAGAAUGCGGGUGUGAUAUUACUUGUUUCUUUCCUUCUUUUUACAGUGUCGAUCUAUGUGUGUAUGAAUGUUUUUUUUUUCUGCAAUAAAUCACAAAGUCCUACUUUUUUAAAUGAUUUUCUCAUUUAUAUCCCACCUUAAUGGGUGUUAAACUGGAAGUUAUUUAGUUUGUUGUUGUGUUGUUGAGUAACGUGCAGGCAGGGGAGGCAGAUGUGGCAGAGCCUCGCUGGUCAUGAUGAAAAAAAACAACAAACAAAUAUUUAAAUAUAUAUAAAUUAUUAAUUCAUUAUGUGAAUAUUUGUCCAUUGAGCUGUAUUCUAAAUGUAUUUCCUGGUGUAUUAUGUAUUUUUUGAAUGAUUCCAGUUGUUUUUGAACAUUUGAAGGGGAUCUAAUCUAUCUACCUAUAAAUGUAGCUGAAAUAUUGUAUUCUCAUGUUAAACAAUGUCAAAGUUUCAUAUAAUGAGGUUUGUGCAUUUGGAAGUGAAUCCUGAAAGAGUUUGUGAUGGCUCAAAAGACUUGUUUUUUAAGACUUCCUUAUAUGGUUCAUAGUUAGGAAGAACUUUGGUGUGGAGUGUGCAUGUCUGGAGGUGGGCCGCGUGUGGGCGACUCCAAAUUGUCCAUAGGUAUGAAUGUGAGUGUGAAUGGUUGUUUGUCUAUAUGUGCUCUGUGAUUGGCUGGUGACCAGUCCAGGGUGUACCCCGCCUCUCGCCCGAAGACAGCUGGGAUAGGCUCCAGCAUGCCUGAAAACCUACUGAGGAUAAGUGGUAUAGAAAAUUGAUGGAUGGAUAGCUAACAAAUGAGCUGAAAAACAACCAAAUCAAUACAAAUGAG